UACAAUCUCGAAAUAAAAAUAAAACAUGUUGAAGUAGUAAUAAUAAAACAUUUAUUUAAUAUUUUUUCAAACAUAUUUUUUUGGUAUAUAUAAAAUUUAUGAAUAAAUAACUCAUUUAUUUGUAUUCAAAAUACGCACAUGUAGAAAAUUAAAAAAACCAUAGGUGCAAUUUUUUCGAAUACUUUUUUUCUAUAAUUUAUCAUUUUUAAAAAAAUCCAAAAAUUAUUAGGCGUCUGCUAACUUCAGUAUCAUAAAGAAAUGUUGAAUGUCCAUAAUUUGAGGUUAUUGAAAUGUUUUACCUCUCGCAAAGCCGGGUAAAAUUAUUCAUUGUCGACAAAUGAAGAUUAUCCUGUAACAAAAUUAGGAGAAUUGAAUUUAUUAGAAAAAAUAAAUUUUCAUUCAUUUAGAAUCAUUUAUCCUAUGACCACAAAAUACUACUAAAUUGUUUAUAAAAAUAAACUUCUUGUCCAGAUAAAUGAUUUUAAAACGAACGAUAUACAUGAUACUGAAGUUAGCAGAUAUCUAAUAAUUUUUGGAUUUUUUUUAGACGAUAAAUAAUUAAAAAAAAAAUAUUUAAAAAAAUUGCACCCAUAGUUUUUUAAAUUUUCUACAUGUGUAUUUUUUUAGUUUUUUUUUUUUUGUAAUUUCUUUGGUGAAAAAAAAAAUCCGAAAAUUACUAAUUAUCUGCCAACUUCAGGAUCAUACGAUAUACCCACAGAAUAUUAAGUUUAAUAAAAAUUGAAUAAUAAUAAUUAUACUUACACCACCAAAUUAUUAUAUUCCACAAUCUAUGUAGGUUUGUAAUGACGAAAGUACAGUUUUUAUUUUAAAUUUCUUAUUUACAAUUGUCCGAAAAACGUCAUGAAUAAUAACCUCUAUUUCUGCACUACACUGUGGAUAAAGAUGAACUGAUUUAUAAAUAUAUAUAGUUGAACCACAAAUAAUACAGACAAAGUAGAUGUCAUCAUUUGUAUUUAUAUAUAUAUAUACACUCAUACAAGCAUCACAUCAUGGUUUGUGACAACACUUGUCUUUCAUACGUAAACGCUUCAGAUGGCAUAUACUAUACCAUUUCAGAAAAUUUACAAUCCAACUAUCGUAAUUUUUGUAGCUUGUAUUGUAAAAACAUAGAGGCAGCACUGUAAAUUAAAAGGAAGAAUAAAAGAAUAAAUAGUAUAAUUAAAUCUUAUUUUUUAUUCUUUUACUAUUUACGAUAGUAACAUUGUAAUAUUUCUUAUUGAAUUGAUUACAAUAAACUCUUAAUGAAAUUACGAUAGUGAAUAGUAAAAAAUCUUUUAAAAACUGUAAAUUUUCGUAUCAUAUAUUUGAAUGUUACAGAUAAUAAAAGUAUAGUCCAGGAUUACGAUAGUAAUAUUGGAAUUUUUCGUCGAAUUUUUUUUCCGUGUAUCCUUAUUGUCCCGAGUAUUACUUGAGAUGGGAUAUCCGUGGGCAGAGUAUCAUCAACGAAAUAGCGGACUAUAACUGCGAUGUGCUCUGUCUCCAGGAGGUGGAAAACGAAGUAUUCCAUCAAUACUUCUUACCCGCCUUGAAGACUCUGGGGUACGGCGGCGUUUUUGCCCCUAAAUCUCGGGCAAAAACAAUGUCCUAUGCCAAGCAGAGGCUCGUGGACGGGUGCGCGAUAUUCUGGAAGACUGAAAAAUUCACGCUAGUAACUCAUGAAGUCAUUGAGUUCAAUCUAUUAGCCAUGGAAAACCAUGCAGGUUGUGAAGACAUGCUUAAUAGAGUUGCGCUUCGUGACAACAUUGGGUUAUUUGGGCUGCUGAAAACAACCGCAGCAGCAUGGCAAGACGGUCUUCCAGAAAAUUCACGGGAUGUGGAGCAGCUGGUGUUGAUCACAACAACCCAUUUACAUUGGAAUCCUGCUUUCUGUGAUGUUAAAUUAUUGCAGACAUUUUUGCUCACCACAGAAAUUAACAAGAUGUUAGAAAAAUCGUGUAUCUUAUCGGGGAAAGAUAAGAUCACUUCUUCAGACAUUAAGUUAAUAUUAUGUGGUGAUUUCAAUUCGAAAACGGAUUCUGGUGUAUAUGAGUUUUUAGUAUCAGGCCAGAUAGCUGCAAAUCAUCCAGAUUUCCGAAAUCUUAAUUAUCGAGCUGCAGUUAAUAAGAUUUUUGGAAAUCCGGAAUCUACCGACGCAAUAAGGAAUAACCUGAAUCUUUUAUCGGCCUGCAAAGAAGAUGCCAUGGUAUUUACGAACUUCACGUAUUAUUUCCAGGCCGUAAUCGAUUUCAUUUUCUAUAGAUCAUCGAAUAUCAUACCAAUAGGAUUCUAUGGUAUGAUGGAUAUUCAAUGGUUUAUAGAUAAUCGUAUUGUGGGUUGUCCAAAUCGGUAUAUUCCAUCGGAUCACUUGCCAGUAAUAGCAGCUUUUAAAAUAGUUUAGCUAUUAAAAUAUUUUAAAAAUCUAGUUUUAUAUUUAGAAUUACUUAAAUUAUAGAAUUAACAAUAGAAAAAUUAUUUUUUUGUAAUAAAUCGAUACUGUAUAUAAAUGUUUUUAAACAUGUUUCUAUUUAUAUUUAAGA